AUGAAGUUUUCUCUAUUACUGCUGACUUUGCUCACAUGUCUGGCUCCUGCACUUAGUCAAACACCAUGUGAAGGCAAAUAUGACACUCGUAUAAAGGGUAAUUGUUCUCUUAAAAGCCUGUGUGAAGGUGCUUUAUUGUCCGUCGAUUGUUCUGAUGAAAAUUCUUGUUGUAUUCAACGACCACCAUUACCAAACCCAUCACCAGUAUGUAUUUCAAUAACAAAUUUCAAAAACUUGUAUGGCGAUACAGUUCGAACAGGAUAUAUUCAUCGAUAUUUAAAUAAAGCAUUGAAUGAUAUUAAUGUUUGUCAAAAUUGUGUUGCAUCAGCAGCGUUUUUGGCCAUAGCGGCUACCAUGACCAAUGAGUUUACCACAGACGACGCCAUUGGUACAGAUGCACAGUUUUCAGCUGAUGACAACAAAUAUGGUAAUACACAACCGGGUGAUGGUGGACGAUUUCGACGACGCGGUUACUUUGGUAUUAGAGGACGUAAAAUGUACGAAUCACUAUUAGAUCCAGAAAUCAUGGAAAGUCCAGAAAAGGCAGCUAUGCCCGAUAAAGCCAUAAAUAUCGCCAAGACGAAAUGGACAUCGAGUAUGACAAAGCUUGCUGAUGGUACGAUGUAUGGAUUUUCAAUGUUAUGGUAA